UAAACUAAACUUUACUGAUAACCUCUUUUCAAAACGCAACAUAUUUUUUAUUUGCCACUAGUAGUUAUGCAGUAUAUUUAACUAGCCUCAAAGUCUAAGACAGAGUACCUAAUUAAUUAUGUUUAUGAACUACAGAAUGCAGACAAUGGCCAGAAGUGUGGUAUGGUCCAGAGUGCGACUCCUGGAUGCAGAAACAGCAAAUGCUAUCCUGGAUUGUGUUUGGAAACUUUGGAAAGUGUUUGGAAAUAUGAUUUGGAAAUCAUAUUCUGGAAACUUUAACUCAACUGCAAGUCCCCCAGGCUUACAGUGUUCCAUUGGUGAGGGGUCUACCUGGUCGUCCACAAUAUUCCAUUACACAGGAACAGUUGCAGUUUCUGCUGGAAUAUAAUUUUUCAACAAAACAGAUGGCAGAAAUCUUGGGAGUGUCCAAACGAACAGUAAAGCGACGUUUAAGGAAAUUCAACAUUUCACUUAGAGACAGAUACACCAAUCUAUCAGACUCUGAUCUUGAUAACCUAGUCAGAGAACUAGUUGGAGGCAAUGAUGAGCUUGGGGCAGAAGCAGUGAGAGCGCGUCUGGCAGGUCAGGGGAUUGUAGUGCAGCGGCACAGAGUGAGACAAAGUUUAAUCAGGACCAAUCCAAUGGGAGCAGCCCAGAGGGUCACCAAGCGAAGACUACACAGAAGAAUCUAUAAAGUUGCAGGCCCAAACUCAUUAUGGCACUUGGAUGGCAAUCACAAGUUAAUCAGGUGGCGAAUUGUCAUACACGGUGGAAUUGAUGGCUACAGCAGACUUGUUGUUUUCUUGAAGGCUUCUGACAACAAUCAGAGCAACACUGUUUUUGAUAAUUUUGUAGAGGCCAUUGGUAAACACGGACUACCUUCAAGAGUCCGCUGUGAUUUUGGAGGGGAGAAUAAUGCAGUCUGUCUUUUCAUGAACGUUUUUAGGGGCUCAAACAGAGGAAGUGCUCUGAGAGGAAGGAGCACGCACAAUCACAGGAUUGAGAGACUGUGGGGUGAUGUUUGGCGGGGCAUCACUAAUACUUACUACACCUUAUUCAUGCUUUUGGAGAGUGAGGGUAAAAUUGACAGCACCAAUGAAAUGCAUCUCUGGGCACUGCAUUAUGUGUAUAUACCCAGAAUCAACAGAGAUCUGCUACUGUUUGUUAAUCAGUGGAACCACCACAAGCUACGAACUGCACGUUACAUGUCUCCCCACCAGAUCUUUAUUCGAGGAUGUCUCUUGCAGCUACAUCGAAACCAGACUGGUAUACAGGGAAUUCUUGGAGUAGAUGAGGAACCAGUUGAAGAAAUGAACACUCCCCCAGCUGCAGAAGUUGUUGUUCCUCCUGGUUCUCAUACUGUAUUCCACUGGCCAGAGGCUGUUGAGAUUCCUGCCAACCAAUUAAACCUCCAAGACAGACACAUGGAACAGCUUGUGAAGCUUGUCAACCCACUUGGUGGGAGGCGGGAUGAUUUAGGAACUGAUCUUCUGGAGCAAAAUAUUAACUUCCUUGAAAAUAUUGACAAUGACAGAGAGUAAUUUACUUAAAUACAAUUCAAAUAGAAACUAAGUUUUCAUUUUGCUUUGUAUUGUCAUUAAAAACCUGACAACCUUAAAGUGUUAGUUCACCAAACAAAUGGACAUUCUGUCAUCAUUUGCUCACGCUUGUUUCAUUUAAAACCUGUAUGACUUUCUUUCUUCUGCAGAACAUAAAAGAAGAUAUUUUGAAGUUGGUAACCAAACAUCAGUGGUACCCAUUCACUUCUAUUGUAUGGACAGAAAACCAAUGCAACUGAAUAGGUGCCAGUUACCAACAUUCUUCAAAAUAUAUAUUUUUUGUUCUGCGGAAGAUUGAAAUAAAAAAGAGGGCGAGUAAAUGAGGACAGAAUUUUCAUUUUUGGGUGAACUAUUACUUUAAGUUCUUAAUUUCAUUAAGAUCUUUUAUAAUGAGUAUUAAAAACAAAUCAAGUCAUUUAUUUGUGUAAAAUUACAUGACAUUGA